AUGCCUUGACUAUGAAACCAUACCACAGGUUUCAGUGUGAGUGUUUGUGUGCACAGAGCUCUGCACUGGAAAAUCAUGACCCCCAAAAACACUUGUAACCAAAUAACGGUGGAUGUGUUAUUUACUGAUUUGCUCAGGACAAUGUGUCACUUCGUUACUCAGCCUCAGCCCAAUGCAAAUAACUUCUGUUCGCUUCAGCAUGCUAAGGGCUUCAGAGCAGGAGCAGGUCUUCCACAUGCCAUAGCUUGAUGGUCUGUGGGAUUAAAUGGCUUAGGCGUUUCUAGUCAAAGAGGAAGGAGAACGAUGUUGCUGUCCCUCCAGGAGAGGGAUGGAGGAAAGGAGGACGUUUACUGCUUUGAUGUUAUAAAUCCUGGUUUGGGAUGAAGUCUUGGUGGAUCUGGGGGCUCAUUGCUACAGCCCAAGGCCAGGGGCUUUGCAGGAAAACCAGAGGUGCUGAGGAUUUAAAAAACUGAUGAUGCACAAAAAGCAUCCAACUGACUGUGCAAGGUCAGCACAGCUGGAGGAAAGUGACGUUGCAAAUUGAAAAGCAGCCAUGGGAGGGGAGAUUUCCAUUGCUGAAAAGAUUUUCCUGAAAUGUCACCUUUUUUCCCCAAAAUGCAGUGGCUGAGGGCUGAAGGAUACUCUCCUGCAGUGCAGUGGGAUCUUGGGUGAAGGAGAACCUGUUUCUGAGCAGAUUGAGUGAGGGGUACAGCUGGUCAUGAAGUUAUUUCAUUUACAGCGUGGAAGAAAAUCCCUUCCUCUCUUUAACUGCAGGCAAGCUUGGAGCAAAAGGAAAAUUAAAAAUAAGAGGGUGCCAUGGUAAUUAGCUGCUGCUUGACUCCAGGCUCAGCCCUGAACCGUGGAAGAAAUGACAUCCUGUUUAAAAGGAGAAUUGAAAGUAACGAUAAAAGUAUUUAUAGAUGCACAUACACACACAGAAGUGAGGAUGCUGGUGGGCUGGUGGUGACGCCAGCAGUGAGGUGUGCUAAAUUAUAAAGAGCUGAAAUGAGCAACGAAGGAUGUGCCUCAGUGGUUUACCAUGAAGAAAGGAGACUUAUUUGUGACAGGGGGCUUGCUUAAGCUCCAUCCCCACGGCCAUGCCCUUCAAUUAAUAAAUUUAAUGCACAUUUAUUAAUGAUCAAUGAAACCAGUGUGGCUUCUGAGUGCCAGACCCCAUGGGGGAGGCUUGGGGCAGGGGCUUCUUCUCAGUUUGCCUGAGUAUUUUUUGGGGGAAGAAGGGUGAUACAAAAGAGGCAGGUGGAUCUUGAACAAGCCAGGAAAUUACGAAGGAUGUUUAUUUUCCAUUUAACCUCUUUUCAACCCACCAGGAUUCCUGUGGAAAAGGCGAUUCUCCCUUCCCCUCUGCAGCUGCUCAGCACAGGGUUUUGCUCCACAGCCAUCAUAACCUGGAGAAAACCUCAUUGCAUCUUAGCAGUAAAUCUCUUCUGCCGCUUGCUUUCACCUCCCUCGGGGCCCGAGACACCUGCAGGAAGGGGAACAGUCAACAGGCAAGACCUGCUGGGGCGGAAAGUGAAAGCUACCCCGUCAUCCUCGCCGCCAAGACCAUGGCUGCAGACAGCCCUGCUGAAAGUUUCCGUGAUGAAGCCUCCUGCUCUAUCUGCCUGGGCUUCUUCCAAGACCCUGUCUCCAUCCAUUGUGGACACAACUUCUGCCGGGCGUGCAUCACCCGCUGCUGGGAGGAAGCUGAGGAGAAUUUCGCCUGCCCUCGGUGCAAAGAGACAGCCCCACAGAGGAACCUGAGACCCAACCGGGAGCUGGCAAAAAUCAUUGAGAUAGCCAAGCAGUUGAGCUUGCAGGCAGCCAGAGGAGGGGCAGGGGGGGAGAGGCUGUGCGAGAAGCACCAGGAAGCUCUGAAACUCUUCUGUGAGGAGGAUCAGACCCCCAUCUGCCUGGUUUGCAGAGAGUCCCAGGCUCACCGGGUCCAUGCCGUGGUCCCCAUCGAGGAGGCUGCACAGGAGCAUAAGGAGAAAUUCCAGGCUCACGUGCAGAUCCUGAGGGACAGGAGAGAAAAGCUGCUGGGGCUGAAGAUGGCUGAAGAAAGGAAAAGCCUGGACUUCCUCGAACAGGUGGAAACGGAGAGGCAGAAGGUUGUGUCUGAAGUCAAGGAGCUGCACCAGUUCGUGGAGGGACAGGAACGUCUCCUCUUGGACCGGCUGACAAAGCUGGACCAGGAGAUUAUGAGGAGACAGGAGGAGAACAUCAACAGGCUUUUGGAAGAGAUCUCUUCCAUUGGCAAGCAGAUCUGUGAACUGGAGGAGAUGUGUCAGCAGCCAGUGUGUGAAUUCCUGCAGGACAGCAGAAACAUCUUGAGCAGGCUUGAGAAGGACAGUGCCCAGAAGCCAGCAGAGACAUCACCUGACCUGGGAGAGGAACCCACUGGUCUUCCUCAGAAAAAUAUUGCCCUCAAAGAGAUGCUGAUGAAAUUUCAAGUAAGUCUGACAUUGGAUCCAGAGACAGCGCAUCCCCGGCUGGUCCUGUCUGAGGAUCGCAAGCAUGUGAGAUGGGAAGACACCCGCCAACCUGUACCUGACAACCCCAAGCGCUUCGACUCAUCUCGCUGUGUCUUGGGCUGUGAGGGUUUCAGCACGGGGAGGCAUUACUGGGAGGUGGAGGUGGGCGAUGGGGAAGCCUGGGCAGUUGGGGUGGCCAAGGAGUCAGUCAGGAGGAAAGGACGGAUCAGCAUCAACCCCAAGGUGGGGAUCUGGGCGGUGGGGCAGUGUGGGAGCCAGUACCAGGCUCUCACCUCUCCUACCAUCCCCAUCUCCCUGAUUGCUGCCCCCAAAGUGAUUGGGGUUUACCUGGACUAUGAGGCAGGGCGAGUGGCGUUUUUUGACUCCAAUAAUGAAGCACCAAUCUUCACCUACCCCCUGACAUCCUUUGCAGGGGAGCAAAUCCUCCCUCUGCUCUGCCUGGGGAGGGGGUCCCAGUUCACACUCUCCCCCUGACCCAACCAUGGGACAAUAUCUGCUUGGGUGCCACUCUUGCCAGGGUCUAGGGAGAUGGUAGAGGGGUCACCACCCCAAAGAUGGCUUUUGGGAGCACAAAGAAUGUGCUACCUGGGAUGGAAAAUUCUCCUUUCUCCAUCAUUUUUGUCAGCAAGAAGCAUCGGUUGGUCCAGAGCUUGUAUGGGAGAGGGGCUGCUCUGCUCCCCAAAAUAACAUCUGUCAUCAGACAGCUCUGCCAACAAUGCCACCCUGGUGCAUCCAUGCCCAUAAACCCCUUCCAAAAACCUCUCUGUUGGAGGACAGGGAUAGAGCUGAGCCUAGCACACUGGUUCCCAGUUCCUCUCCCUCCGCCUUCCCUGACUGAUCCUGCACUCCUGCUCUUUGCUGGACCCUUUCUUUGCCUCACUGAGCUUUCAGUUGUGCAACUGAGCAUAGAUGCUGUGGAUGGCGAUGCAAAAGCCUGGAGGACUCCAUGAUGACUUCUAGUUUUAUGUGGACAAGGUGGUAAUAAUCACAGGUGAGACAGGCAAGACCUGAUCUGGUGGAAGGGUACUUUAAAUCAUCCAAAGUACCUCUGUCCCUGUGAGCUUGUGUUGGAUCAGUGCUUGGUGCUGCAUGAUGUCCUCACCACUGGGCGUUGCAAGGACUCACCUCUUCAUAUGCAUCCAUCCAGGCUACGGUCCCUCCAGGGUCAGUGGAGAACGGUGGCAAAUUGUAAUUUAUCUCACCUAGAAAUGGCUCAAUGAGUGCAUGUAAGAGUAUUUCCUUCUCCCCACUGAUUACAGAGGGAGCCCAGAUUAACUAGGUGGCAUGGAGACAUGCCCAAAACCAAGAGAAAUAAAUCUCCCCCAGGGCAGAGAUGGCUUUAACCUCUUAUUGAGCAACAGCUUUGGGCUGAGCUGUUGGAUAAUGAGUAUUUAGGGGUGUAAGGAGGAACCUGGGAGGGAUGGAGGGUGUUCACAGGAGCAUUUCGUAAUGGAUAGAGUCAGUGUUUUCAGAGAUCCAAACCACUUGUAAGGAUGUGCCUUUGAUCGCUUGAAAAGCUUUGUUUGCCUCAGCUGCCAAAUGCAAACUAUGGAAAUGAGAAUAAGGAAUUGCCUCCUUUGCA